AUCUAUGAAAUGUGAUUAAAUCAAAUUAAAUACAUAAUCUAUAUUUGUAGAAUAAUAUAAAUAAGUUUCCUACAUCUAUACAGUGUAUGGGAAAUUUUAUGGUGUGAACAUUGCAUUUAGGUCCAAAUCCUAAUUGAAAUUUAGUAAACAUACUAGAUUUCCUUAAUCUUCAGUAUGUAAUGUGGAUUCAGAGGUUUGGUCCUAGAAUCCCAAAUGGAUUUGGCAUUGUGAAAAAAUGAAAUGUGAAAACACUAGCAAGAAUCACAAAUAUAGUUUGAUGUUCCUUAGAGUAAAAAACUGAAACAGUAAAAACUUUAAAAAUAUUUUGCAUGAGAACCAGCAUCUUUAGCUUCAUAAUCCAAGGAACCAGUUUUUUUUAAAGGAAGUAUAAAUAAUGGGUUGUGCUCUGAAAUAAAAAAGGUCAGUAAUUGCCUAAAAAUGAUGAUCCAAGUUAGUUGUGUACUUGGGAAAAUCUUUAUCCUGAGGAGUAGAGUGAGGUGGAUAUGUUCAUUUUUUCCCCUCUAAAAUACAGUGACAAAAUCUUGCCCAGUAUCGAAGCUUUAGGAAAUUGAGAAGAAUAAAAAUGGACUUACACGUUAACAUUUAAAGAUAGCCUCUCACAAUGAUAAACAUUUACUGUAACAGAAAAUUUGACAAUUUAUGUGCUUAUAAUAGUUUUCCAAAUGAAUAAUAAAUGAUGUAUAUGAUGGCAUAAAUACAUGGUUUUAGAAUUCAUAUGAUGAGAUAGGCACAUUGCAAAAUUCUUUCUAAUUAGAAUAUGUAGUCUUAAGACUUUCAAGGUAGAUUAUCCCCAUGUAUCCAUAGUUCUCUGGUCAAAGUUUAGGUAUACUUUAUCCAUGAAAAUAGAACAUUUGCUGUACAGAUCUACUUUCAAUUAUCCCAAAAUGGUAAAUGUUUCAAACAUUUUACUUGGGAUGUAUUAUGUAAUGUUUUUGUAGAUUUAUUUUCCUGGUUGUGUUUUACUUAGGCUUCUAUUAAGAUAAAUUCUUUACUAAUGGUAGAAGGUGGUGGCUGAGAAGUACUCUGGGUAGCAGGAGGAAGCCAACUUGGAUUAAAAAUUUGCUGAGAGUAAUCUAAAAAGAUCCUGACUUGUCUUGGACAAGCCCCACCCCUUGCUUCUCCUGCUCUUGGGAAGUGCCAAGAUUCUGCCGGGCUGACUCCAGCUGCCUUCUGCUUAAACUUUGAGCUGCUUUCCGGAGACCUGCAAGCGCAAGCCCUUCUCCCUGCCCCGCACUCCUCGCUGCACCCUGCUGCUUCUUCCUUUCCACACUUCUGUUCCUUUUCUCCCCCCUCCAUUCCAUGCACGAUGCAUAAAGGAUGGAAAAAGUAUGGUGGCCAGAAGUCUUUGAAUGAGACUUCAAUGGAUGAAUAUUUAGGCAGUUUAGGGCUGUUUCGAAAGCUGACUGCCAAGGAUGCCUCUUGCCUCUUUCGGGCUAUUUCGGAGCAGUUAUUUUGCAGCCAGGUCCAUCAUUUGCAAGUUAGGAAGGCUUGUGUCACAUAUAUGAAGGAAAAUCAACAAACUUUUGAGUCUUAUGUGGAGGGAUCUUUUGAGAAAUACCUGCAACGGUUGGGAGAUCCCAAGGAAAGUGCUGGCCAGCUGGAAAUACGAGCUCUUUCUCAAAUUUAUAAUCGGGAUUUCAUUCUUUAUCGCCAUCCUGGAAAGCCACCAAUUUAUGUCACAGAUAAUGGCUAUAAAGACAAGAUUGUACUCUGUUAUUCAAGCAAUGGUCAUUAUGAUUCUGUGUACUCAAAACAAUUUCAGUCAAGUGCAGCUAUUUGUCAGGCUGUAUUGUAUGAGAUUCUCUAUAAAGAUGUGUUUGUCAUGGAUGAAGAGGCAUUGAAAACUGCAGUUCAGUUGUUUCGAAGUGGUUCUAAGAAGAAUAGAAACAAUGCUGUGACUGGAAGUGAGGAUGCCCAUAUUGAUUACAAGAGUUCAACACAGGAUAGGAAUGAAGAGUGGGGUGCUGGCUGCAGUAUUCAGAAUAUACCAGAGGGCUAUAAUCAAGGAAUGGAAGAAUUGAAGUCUCCAGAAAAUCCAUCAAAGAUGCUCUUCCCCUAUAAAGUGCUCAAAGCUCUGGAUCCGGAAAUCUAUCGUAAUGUAGAAUUUGAUGUUUGGUUGGACAGCAGAAAAGAACUUCAAAAAUCUGAUUACAUGGAGUAUGCUGGAAGACAGUAUUAUUUAGGAGACAAAUGUCAGGUUCGCUUGGAAUCAGAUGGAAAGUAUUAUAAUGCUCAUAUUCAAGAAGUUGGAAAUGAGAACCAUUCAGUAACUGUUUUCAUUGAAGAACUGGCAGAAAAGCAUGUUGUUCCGCUGGCUAAUUUAAAAGCAGUUACCCAAGUGACACCUGUUCCUACCUGGAAUGCUAUGCCCAGUCGGAAAGGAAGAGGCUACCAGAAAAUGUCUACAGGCUAUGUCCCAGAAAUGGCUAUGCCAGAGAUGGACAUAAAGCAGCGCAAGAAGAUGUUUAAGAAAGUUCGAGGAAAAGAGGUUUAUAUGACAGUGGCUUACAACAGGGGAGAUUCCCUCCCUCCGCCCAGACUUCAACACAGCAUGCAUUAUGAGCAUGACCCUCCACUGCACUACUCACAAACAGGUGCCAAUGUUAUGUGCAAUGAACAGUUUCAUCAUCAACAUUCAUCUCACAGACAAGGUCGAGGAUAUGGGAUACCCAGGGAUUCAUCUCGUUUUAUAAAUAGGCACAGCAUGCCAAGCCCUAAAGUUGGUUUUUACUCUGAGCCAGGUAAAAGGUGCUGCCAGAGCUUUGAUAACUUCUCCUAUAGAUCUCGUUCCUUUAGACGUAGUCACCGCCAGAUGCAUUGCAUGAAUAAGGAGUGUCAUUUUGGCUUUGCCCCGGAGAAUGGACAGGUACCCAGUGGCUUGGAAGAAACUGUUACUUUUUAUGAAGUUGAAGAAGGAGAUACGACUGCUUAUCCAACUUUACCUAACCAUGGUAAUCCCUCUAUGAUGGUUCCUGCUACUUCAGGAUACUGUGUUGGAAGGCGAGGACAUAGCUCAGGAAAACAGACUUCAAAUUCAGAAGAGGGCAAUGGCCAGAGUGACAAUGGGAGAUAUGAAGAAUAUCUUUAUCCUUCAGAGCCAGACUAUGAAACUUCAGGUGUAUAUAGCACAACUGCAUCUACAGCAAACUUGUCUCUCCAGGACAGAAGACCAUGUUCUUCUAUGUCUCCACAGGACGCAGUUACCUCAUACAACUACCACCAGAAGAUGAUGGGAAAUUCUGCAGUAAUUGCAGUUUCCUGUGCCAGUACUGUUCCUGCUCCAGUCCUACCUAACUGUGUAACAGCUAAUCAAACUACUAGUGCUUCGUCAGUUUCCUCACAGAAUGCUAUACAGCCUCUAUUUGUACCUCCACCUGCACAAGGCAGGCCAGUGAUUGCUUCACCAUCUUAUCAAUACCAUUCUGCUGCUAUUCCUGCUGCUGCCUCUUUCCCACCACCACCACCGCCACCUCCACCACCACCACCACCACCUCCACCUCCUUUUGAGGUGGAAGAGGCUUCAAACUUAGCAUCACAGCUUCCACCUUAUUCCUGUGAUCCAAAUGGCAGUGAUCUGCCUCAAGAUACAAAAGUUUUACAGUACUAUUUCAAUCUGGGAUUGCAGUGUUGUCACCACAACUAUUGGCACUCUAUGGUCUAUGUGCCACACAUGCAGCAGCCUCAUGUAGAGAAUUACCCAAUCUAUACUGAGCCACCUCCUCUGAUGGACCAAACUGUUCCUAACUUGUACAGUGAGGUAGCGAGAGCAGAUGGUGCACAGACAGAAGCAUCAGCGAAUGGUACUUUUGCGAAUGCUGACUCUGCCUCUAUCCCUCAUGGAGCAGUCUAUUACCCAGUAAUGUCAGAUCCCUAUGCGCAGCCACCAUUGCCAGGUUUUGAUUCCUGCCUUCCUGUUGUGCCAGAUUAUUCCUGUGUUGCGCCCUGUCAUCCAGUUGCUGCAGCAUAUGGUGGUUCUUCUCAAAUUCAUGGUGCUGUAAAUCCUGGGGCAGUUGGCUAUAUUGCUUCACCUCCUUCAUCUUCUCAUUAUGUACCUCAGAAUAUGUAA